UAGAUAAGGCGUGCAGAAGCACAGAGCAGCAACAGCAGAGGAGAAAGUUCCUGCUCCAGUGAGCCCUGACUUCAUAUCACACCCAUCCCAGAUCCUUUCAGCUGGUGUGGCUUCAGUGAAAGUAGGAUUCAUCCUAAAGUGACUACACAUAAAAAGCUAGAAGAGAAAACCUUUUCAAUGACGUCAACAGAAUAUGUGCAGCCACUUGAUAUCCCAGAAGACAGACUGGACAAGCGAGACUCGCACUGUAAUCAUUUAGAUGAUCUUUCAGAACAGCUUAUUAAAAGUUGUGACCUGAACAAGAAACCAAGAAAGGGUAAAGUCAUCCAGGCUUCCCAGAACAAUGAUUUGGAGCAGAAAAAGCCAAGGAGGAAAGACACACCUGCAUUACACACCCCACCACCUAUCCCAGCCAUCCUCUCAGACUUUUCAGACAAUUUGCUUCAAAGGUAUGAGCUGUCAGACAAACUGCAGAAGGAAAAAGGGACUCCACUCUCUCAGAUCACUGAUUUAGAACAGAAAAAACCCAGGAGAAAAGAUACACCUGCAAUACACAUCCCACCACUUAUAACAGGUAUUAAAUUGCUUAGAGAAGAGAAGCAGACAGUGAUUGUGGAAGAUGAAGAAAAAGAUGGAGAAAAAUUCCCUGUUUAAGAUGACUGCAAUAUCUCCAACCUAUUGUACAUAAUUCUGGGUAAUUCAAAAGGGCAGCAUAUAAAAAAUCUGUUCAUUUUUAUAAAUACUUUUCUUAAGCAUCACUGCAUUUAAGCUAGAACCAACUGCUUAUCUGCACUUCAUGGCUUGUUGGAAGAGACUGAAGUCAAUGAAUUUGUAAUUAGGGUUGGAAGAAAUGUAUCAGAUAAUUCAGAUCAAGAUCCUGAUUUAUAUGGGAUUUUUCCAUAUGCUGACACUAUCUAAACUGAAGCCUACUUUUGCAUAUCUGUUAUGGUAACAGUUAACGUAAGGAAGGAGCUAGCCAACCAGGCAUUAAAAGUAGCACUAGUGGGAGAAUAGGACAGAGCUUUAAACCUCAGUUUCUUUUGUUAGGCUGGUUACUGUUGUUUUUUUCUCACAGAAGGACAGCAGUGGGCAGAAGUAAGCCACUACCUGCUCCACUUGGCUUAAAAUCCUAACGUGUGUUUCCAUCCUAAUUCUUCAUUUCAUUACACUUGUUUUACUCUGCUGGCAUAUCACGGACUGCAGCAAAACCACAGUAGUACAAAAAUAGAAACUCAAAAUCCCUUUCAGACAUCACAUGCAUGGCCAAUACAAGUAGAUUAUCUGUAUUCGUACUUAUAUUCUCCUUCAUUACAGGCUUUGAGUUUAUUCUAAUACUAAAAAUUAGUACCCCAUAAGGGCCAUUAUUUUAAAAAUCUUUAACAUUAGAGUCUAGUGCUCUCAGAAGAGAAACUUCUUAGAAAUGUAACAGUUGUCUUUUGUACUAACAUAUAGUAUUGACUCUUUUCUUUUAGAGAUCUUUUUCCAGAGUUGGUGGAAUAAGAACUAGUUGGGUAGUGGAUCUUUUUAAGCUAUAUGUUUUCUUUUGAUAAGCUCUCUUGACUUGCUCCUAACCUUUCAUUAGGAGGUGCUGUAAAGAGUAAUACUCAUGCUGGAGAAUUCAGAGAUGUAAUGAAAACAACAGCAUCUAAUAGACUUUGUGUGUUACAUGAUGCAACAAUCAUUUCAUAUUUUUGUAUAGCUUAAUUCAUACAAAAAUAUAUGACAGUGCUUCACAGCCUACUAUAAUCUGUAGAGUUCAUUAAAAUAUAACUGGUUACCAACAGACUGGCACACAAGACAAACCAGCUCUUCAUAAAAAAAGGGUGGUGUCAUGAACAGGCAUUCACCCUAUACAAAGAAACAGCACUAACUAACACUGAUUUGUCCCUCAUUCAGUCCAGGAGGGUUCUCAGCAGAGAGGUCAAAGACUAUCAAGUCUUGGAGGCUGAAUUCAAUUAGCCUUUUAAUGCCCAACAUAUUUCCUUCAGGAAAAGGACUAAGAAACAUUAAUGAAGAGAUGCAAGAAACACUGUAACAUUUCUACUUCUACUGAACCUGGGAUUGUAGAUUCCAGAACUAUCUAUCCAGUGUCUUUCAUAAGCAUUCAGUUGAUUAUACAAUAUACUAGAUUCAAAGUAUUAUUUGCAUAGUGAAUCAAUGACAAUAGUGAAUAAUUACAUAGCUAAACAUGCAGUGUACAAAAUAUUUAGCACCCACAGAUUUUCAGUGACAUCCUAUUUUAUAGAUGAAAUAAAAAAUAGUUAGAUAUUAACAAAAAAAAACCACACCCCAAAUGAUAACAUUAUUACAGCAAAAGCAUGUCAUAGGUUAUGCUUUGCAUACAAUUUUAAUUAUUUCUGAUAUAUUCUAUCUAUGGAACUAAUACACUUUUGUUUUUGAGCUACUA